AUGGGGUCUUCAAUUCUAUUUACCGCCUGCUGCUGGUUACAUCUUGCCUAUUUGACCUUCGCCCAAGAUAACAAUACGCCAACUCCAACUGGUAAUACACCCGAAAUGUCUGCAGCUCAAGCCUCUGCCUCGAAGGAAUUCGCGGCGUUGUUUACAGACCCUGUGCCACCAUCUAACACUCCGAGCGGGGACGACGCCGGCGCUGCUGGUCCGAGUAGCGGGUCUGUCACCAUAUCGAGGGGAGGGAUUAUCGCAAUUGGUGUUUGCGUUGGCUUUGUCGUGGUAUUCGGAGUCGUUUCGUCCGUCUUAUUUUACCUAGCCAAGAAGAGGUCAUGGGAGAUCCGCGCCAGUAUCAGAAAGUCCGCCAAGCGCGUCGCAACCGCUCUUACUCCACGCCGAUCCGAAUUCCCAAAAAACGUGCGCAAUCCCAAGAGAAACUCGAAAGGCAUGUCGAAGAUUGACGAAGUGCCUCCGACGCCAAGGAUAACGACGGAGGAUCUCGAAAAGGCAAAUAUAAAGGCGGAUGCGAUUGAGAUGAAAGCGCCUAGCAAGUUCGCCAAGUGGGGACGGAAGACCGAGAGGUAG